AUGGGCAACCAGAAGGGACGUAGUUUAUCUGGUGGUGACGAUGUUCUCACCCAGGCAUUGGGAGGGAAAGAUCGUCUGGGCAUACUUCGAGGCGUGGGGAAGUACGUGACUAAGAAAAAAUAUUUCCAUACCCCAAUGGAAUCUAAAGAAGGUAAUGAGGAGAUGACAGUGUAUGAGGAACAUGAUCAAAUGGCCAAACGAAUUAUCGAGCUAGAAGCGGAGUUGCAUAGAAUGAAAAAAGAUGAGUGUGCGAAAGGAGAUGAAGAAGAACAAGACCCUAGUAUGUGUUCGAAAGGAACACCAUCAGUUGAAGGGGUUUCAGAUGAUGAGACUGAAGACGUAGCCUCUGAUUCAGUACCAGAUAAAGCGGCUGACGUUGUGACAGAAGUGAACAAAGAAGAAAAUGUGGGGGACACAAGAUCAAGUGACUUGAAGGUUGGAACUCCGUGUAUGCUUGCGUUUGAAACUGAAGAUACUAUCAUUGCACAUGGGACAAUAUUUGAUGCUGAAGGUGACGGUGAGAACAUCAAGGUAUCAGUGGAUGUUGUCCUCGAUGGCCAAUGUGUGAUUCCGAAACCGACAAAGGAAGGAGUCACCAAACUGACGCAUGAAGUCGGAUCACAUUUAAUGUGGCCACGACAUCUUGUUCUUACUAGGAAUGAUAAGGUAAUUGUCUAUUUUAUUGUGUUGGAGUUUUUAUGCAUCAAAUUAUACUAA